GAUCCCUCAGUCAGGCAGUCAGUCCGUCAAGUGCUCUCGGGAAGUGCGGUUCGCUCGUCGGCUCGUCUCGUCAGCGUAUCGGUAGUCCCCCGGCGACUCAAUUGCGUCAAGUUUUGCAAUACACGCGUGGUGGCGUGGCGGACGGUUCAAUCCGGAAGGUGCUCGAAGACAUGUGUGCCCACCACCAGGCUGGUUCUAGUUCUGGUGCAUAACGACGGCGUUUGGAAUCAAUUAAUAGUCAGUUUGGACUCGACUCGCUCGAGUGCUCUCGGCCGUUCAGUCUUGCAUCGCGUUAUGCAAUCGUCGCCCGAGCCGCAGCUGACGACUGCCGGGAUCAACGUGCGUGCCGUCGCUAUCGCUGUAUAGUGUCCCCGUGCUCAGAAUGUUCGCCAUCCUGCUCGGCCUGGCGGUGGCAUUGUUGUUCGCUUAUCUCAUCAAUGAAUUUCGACGACCAGCCAACUAUCCACCGGGUCCACCAUGGCUCCCGGUGGUAGGAAACACACCCUACAUUCGAAAACUUGCCCGCCAAUACGGUGGCCAGCAUAAGGUGUUCGAGCUGUUGGGCAAAAUCUACCGCUCCAAUGUGAUCGGACUAAAGCUGGGCCGCGAGUAUGUGGUCGUCGCCCUCAACUAUCCCGCCGUCAAUGAGGUACACCGGAACGAUGUGUUUGCCGGGCGACCGAACAACUUCUUCAUUCGCUUGCGGACCAUGGGAACAAGACUCGGCGUUACCUGCACGGAUGGACCGUUCUGGGUGGAGCAUCGCAGCUUCGUUACACGCCACCUGCGCCAGGUCGGCUAUGGCCGGCAGCCGAUGCAGCUGCAGAUACAGAACGAGCUGAACGAGCUGGUCGAUGUGAUCCGCGAGCGGGAAGCGCAACCGAUCUGGCCCGGCAGUAUCCUCUCGACCAGUGUCAUCAACGUGCUGUGGACGUUUGUGACCGGAACGCGUAUACCCCGCGACGAUGAUCGGCUGCAGCGAUUGCUUCGUCUGCUGCAGGACCGUUCGAAAGCGUUCGACAUGUCCGGUGGUGUGUUGAGUCAGUUGCCAUGGCUACGCUUCAUCGCGCCCGAGUGGAGCGGCUACAACCUGCUGCGACGGUUCAAUCUGGAGCUGAACGAAUUCUUUGCACCAACCAUCGCGGCCCACCAUCGGGACUUUAGCGAAGAGAAAGCGAACGACGAUCUGAUCUACGGCUACAUCAAGGAGAUGCGUGAUCGCCGCGAAGACCCCGACACGACCUUCACCGACCGGCAGCUGACGAUGAUCAUUCUGGACAUAUUUAUCGCAGGUGGACAAACCACGAGCACUACGCUCGAUCUAGCCUUCAUGAUGAUGAUCGUUCGGCCCGAUAUUCAGGCCCGCAUUCGCAAGGAAAUCGACGAAACGCUUCGUCCCGACGAGCUACCGAACCAGCAAACCGAUCGAACGCAGCUUCCGUACACCGAUGCGUUCCUGCUGGAAGUGCAACGGUUCUUCCACAUCGUCCCGGUUAGUGGGCCACGCCGCACACUGUCCGACUGUACGCUGGGCGGCUACCGGCUACCGAAGAACACUACCGUGCUAAUAGGCCUUCGAACCGUCCACAUGGAUCCGGACUAUUGGGGUGAUCCGGAAGUGUUUCGCCCGGAACGAUUCCUCGAGUCCGGGAAGGGCGAUGCGUCGUCUGCGGGUAAGGUACAUCUGCACACCGAUCGGUUAAUGUUUUUCGGAAUCGGGAAGCGUCGAUGUUUGGGUGAGGUGCUGGCCCGAGCCUGUUUGUUUACGUUUUUCGUUGGCGUGAUGCAAAAGUUUGAGCUACUUAAGCCGACGGAAGCGUCGGAUCCGGAGGCGGAACCAUCGAUCGUGCUGCGGCCGGGUAUUACGCUCUCGCCGAAACCGUACAAAGUGGUGUUUCGUCCACGGUUGUAGAGGGAGUGUGGCUCGCCAGCAGGCGGGGUGAAUAGAUUUUAGUUUGUUUUAGGGAACAUCGGAACACAGAUGGAGCGGAAAGGAUUAGUUAACUUGCUUCUAAAAUUCGAAGACGACGUUCAACUGUUAGUGCCACACUUUUACAAGCGGAAAUAGAGGUAUUAAGAUCAGCAACGAGCACGGGGGUUUAUGUCUUAAAAUUGCAAUAAAUAUCACUUCAGCAACAGCAA